AUGCAGAUUCCAUUGCUUCGGCUGCAGUGCGGUGUCAACAGCUACGAUUGGGGCAAGGUCGGCCAAGAGUCGGCAGCAGCCCGAUAUGCGGCCACAACAGCUGCCCCAGACUUUGUAGUUGAGGCUGAGAAGCCCUAUGCAGAGCUGUGGAUGGGCACCCACCCGUCUCUCCCUUCAAAGGACCUCGAGACCCAGCGUACCCUUCUCGAUCUCGUCCAAGAUAAUCAGGCAUUACUGUCGACUAAUAUCAGCGAGCGCUAUGGAGGACGGCUUCCAUUCCUCUUCAAGGUGCUCUCCAUUCGCAAGGCGCUGAGCAUCCAGGCCCACCCCAACAAGAAGCUGGCAGAGCAGCUUCAUGCGCGCGACCCGCGCAACUACCCCGAUGACAACCACAAGCCCGAGAUGACCAUUGCCAUCACACCCUUCGAGGGACUCUGCGGUUUCCGUCCAUUGGCCGAGAUCACCCACUUCCUUCAGGCUAUCGAACCCCUUCGCAAACUCAUCGGCUCGCAGGCCGCAAACGAAUUUGAGCAGAUUAUCAAGGGCAAUGAGGAUUCGGACGAUGAGGCAAUCAUGCAGCGGAACAAGGAUGCACUCCGCACAUUGUUUACAUCGCUAAUGGAGUCUACUUCUGAGAAUAUCGAGACUGCGUCAAAGGAGCUGGUCGCACUUGCAGAGAGCUCGCCUGCCAGUUUUGGCACCCUACCUGGCGAGGUACCGACCAACCCAGCCGACCCGGCUGAGCUGGCUUCUAUUAUUCGCCGACUGGACGGACAAUUCCCCAACGACAUUGGGUUGUUCGUCUUCUUCUUCCUCAACUUCAUCAAGUUGUCUCCCGGCGAGGCCAUGUUCCUGAAGGCGGAUGACAUCCAUGCCUAUGUCUCGGGAGAUAUCAUCGAAUGCAUGGCCUCGUCCGACAACGUCGUCCGUGCUGGUUUCACCCCUAAGUUCAGGGACGUUGACACGCUGACGAAAAUGUUGACGUACUCGUACGCCCCCAUCGAGGAGCAGAAGCUGCGACCCACAGACUACCCGUAUGCCAUCCUGAACGCAACGGCAUACUCGAGCGCUUCCUCUUGCAUGCUCUACGAUCCCCCGAUCGAGGAGUUCAGCGUGAUCAAGACAGAUCUGAACCGGACGGGGGCCAAGGUAACCUUUGACCCAAUCGAGGGCCCCAGCAUCCUGAUUUGCACUCAUGGCAAGGGCCGAAUUACCGUCGGUCACAAGACCGAGGAAAUCAAGGAAGGUCACGUUUUCUUUGUUGGGGCUACUGCCGAGUGUGUGAUCGAGAACACCGGCAGCGGAGAGGGCGAUGACGAUGUCUUCACGACGUACAGGGCAUUCUGCGAGCUGACCGGUAAGGAGGACAUGGUCAAUGGACACUAG